AUGUCUUAUGCCGAAGUAGCCGCCAAGGGCCCGGAACAAUCCGCAGAAGAGGUACGUAGCAUCUCUCUCCAUACCUUCUUUGUCGCCAAUAACCUUGCACUUGUUGGUAUCUGGACUAACUCUUCAGCUAGGCGCGGGGUUUAUAAGGAUGAAUCCGAGAGCACCGCCUCGCUAGUCGAUGUAGAUUCGCAACAUGUCACCGUCGUGGAUUCGAAUUUUUUGGAUCAAGACAUCAAGACCACCACUCAAGCCGAGCGGGUAGAGCGGGAAGAGUCUGAGGAAAACAAGAAAGCGAAAGAAGAACGAAAAGCUAAGGCCAAGGCCAAGGCUAAGGCUUCUGGAAUAUGUCGCAACUCGGAUAAUCCGGUCUAUAUCGGCAAUGCUGUGCUUUUGAGCUUGGUGGGCGCAGGACUAGGGUUCGGUGCAUACCGGAAACAUGUCGAAGGCAAACUCUCCUGGGAGCUGAUUGGGCUUUGGUCUGGCGCUGUUGGAGCAUUUGGUGCGGUUGAUUAUUUCGUCAGCAACCUCUACUGUGUCUACGGUAACGGGAUUGUGUAUACUGCACAGAACUCUCUUUUCAAUUCGGCAUUGAAGCAGUCCUCUGCUAUUCGUCGCGAUCUGGACACAUUCGCGCAGUCUCCUGCUACAUCCUCACCUGCAUUACAAGGCCAGAUCGCAGCUUCACUUGCCUCCUUAUCGCGUACUGUCGAUGACUACUCAGCUCUAUCGAAGAAAGAAUUGAUACCCGAAAAACAACAGAAGGCGUUCGAGAGAGUAAAUAAUUUCCGGUCGGAGCUUGCAGAUUACCGACAGCAUUUUGAUCAGCUACGCAAAGAACGAGAGGAUGCCCAAUCCGUGACAAACCGUAAUGAACUACUUGGCCGACGUCCACAUCACACGGCGACCCCAGAGAACCCAUACGCCCAAUCUUCUCUUCCACAGUCGUCGGCUUUUGCUCCAUCUUCGUCCCGAGGGGGCCUCAGUUUUGGCGCUUCACCCGCAGAUUACAACCGUGAGACCCAUGCGCUUCGCGAGCAAUCUUUCUUGGCCAACACGAGCACACAACUCGAUGACUUCCUUGACCGGGGACGUGCUGUACUUGCAGAUCUGGGACAGCAGCGAGAGGUACUGAAGGGGACGCAGCGCCGGCUGUAUAGUGUCGCGAAUACUCUGGGAGUCAGCGGUGAAACUAUCCGAAAAGUGGAGCGACGGGCGAAGCAGGACAAGUGGAUUUUCUGGGGUGGCGUUGUGAUAUUCUUUCUCUUCUGCUGGGCUGUAUUGCACUUUUUGAGAUAGUUUAAGAUUUUUUGUUGGCCGUUGGUAUG